GACCGUAACAUGGUGCUGGGUAAACAUGGCUUCUUCGUGAACCCUUCAGACUCGGUGGCUGUCAUUGCUGCCAACGUUACCAGCAUCCCUUACUUCCAGAAGACUGGAGUCAAAGGACUGGCUCGCAGUAUGCCCACCAGUGGAGCCCUGGACAAUGUGGCGAAAGCUCUGAAGAUGCCGCUAUACGAGUCUCCAACUGGCUGGAAGUUCUUUGGGAAUCUUAUGGAUGCUGGCAAACUCUCAGUGUGUGGAGAGGAGAGCUUUGGCACUGGCUCAGAUCAUAUCCGUGAGAAGGAUGGCCUCUGGGCAGUGCUUGCAUGGUUGUCAAUCUUAGCCACCAGGAAACAAAGUGUGGAAGAGAUCAUGAAGGACCACUGGCAGAAGUUUGGCAGGAACUUCUUCACCAGGU